AUGGCGCCGCAUUUGGGACAUGAUGAGUUCUUCAAAUCUCUCGGCGAAUUGCUCUCCAAAACCUCCCAACAGACUCAUGGCUCGGUAAAUCUCACUCAAAAACCUCUUAUCGAUGUGCCCGGUGCCACUACUACAAACUCCCAACCAUCUAUCCUCAUCCGAGCCACCGAUGGAAACACCAAUGCGCCAAACCCCAAGUCCGCAAGCAAGAAUGGCAAGAUCACCAAGAACAAGUCAACAAAGGUUAAGCUGUCAACCAUCGUCAACCCCGAUGAUCUCGAGGCGUUCUACGCUCGUUACGCUGAGGUCUGCAAGGCAGGAAUGACCGGGUUGAAGAAGCGAGAUCGCCGCGGCCGCAAGGCCAAGACCAAGGGCGGAGCUGCUAAGGUCGCAAAAGCAUAG